CGUCGAGAAGUAGCGUGUCGCAUUUCCAUAUUUCGGUGUUGACUGCUCGGAUUUGAUGAUAUAAUUCAUUUUAAGACGUGUUUGUAUCAGAGUUCUUAUCUAGGGAGUGUGGUUGUUCGAUGCUUAAGGUUUGAAGGAGGCAAGCAAGCAGAAGGAAAGCCCAUAAGAAUGAGUGUCAUCGACGACUCAGCUCUGGACUAUGAGGAGGAUGAGGAGCAGGAGAGCGUGUCGGUGAACCCGGCCGACGAGGAUACCCUACUCGGAGCAGACGACGAAGAGGUGGAAGAGGAUGAAGACGAAAAUGCUGCGGAAGAACACGAGACCGGGGGGGACGUGCUGGACGUUCAGCUGUCUGACGAGGAGAUGUCAGAGUUUCCCACGUCUGAGACUCCGGCUCCCCCAGAGGUUACCAAGCCGCCAACACCAGCAGCAGCAGCAGCGAAGAGUAAGUCGGAAGGAGAGGGCUCUAAGCCGACCCAGGGGUCCACCAAACCGCCCGCUAAGUCCGCCGACUCUGCCGAUUCGUCGCAGCGACGCGAGUCUGCGGGCUCGGCCGGCCGCGGCCGCGGUGCUCGUGGAAAACGUAACUCGAGCGGUGGUAGGGGGCGCGGCCGGAACAACCAGCGUGGUCGCGGAGACGGCCGGCGCGAUGGUGACGGCUCGCGUGGUCGAGGCGGUUUCCGCGGCGGUCGGGGACAGGCGCCGUUCCGCGGCGGUCAGCCCGGCCUGCUGGGACCGGGCGGGCGGGGUGGGCCCGGCGGACCCGGCGGACCCUGCGGGCCCGGCUGGGGAGGGCCCAUGCCUCCGCGCAUGUCGGGCCCGCUGCUGCCGCACCCGAGCAGUCACUGGGCUCCGGACGGGCGACCCGGCCCCCCGCGGCCCGGCGAGGGCUGGGGUGCGCCGGGCGGGCCGCGCCAGCCGUGUCGGCCGCCGCCGGGCCGCUCGGGCCUGCUGCCGGACCCGGGGCCGCGCUGGGGGGACGGCCCCGGCGGCCCGCCGCCGCCAGACGCGUUCCGUCCGCCGGCGCCGCAGCGCUGGCAGGAGCCGGCUGCCAACGGCGGCCCGCCGCGCGACUGGGAGCCGCAGCGACCUCUCUGGGAGAGCCCCGAGCGCCCGCCGGCGGGCCGCGGCCAGCCCGGACAGGAGCUGCAGUGGUCGCCGCCGUCGCCGGCCCGGCCGCACGUCAGGGACAGGAUCGGCGUGCCGGCUGGUCCCGACGGACCGCGUGCUUAUGGCGGUCCCGGUGGUUCAGAUGGACCGAGAGGCUACGGCGCCCCCGGCGGUUCCGAUAGACCGCGUGGUCCGAACGGUCCUGGUGGGCCGUCUUGGUCCGGUCCUAACCACCAGCAGCAGCCGCAGGAUAACAGGCCGGACCUGUGGCCGGAUCCGAGUCUGUCUCGCGGUAACAGCGGCGGCGACCGCCAGGGCUGGUCGGGCUCCGCAGGCUGCCGAGGAGGCAGAGACCUCCGAGAUACGCUGCGCGACUCGCGGGACGGGCUCGGGGGUCGCCGCUCCCCCGUACGCAGCUCGUGGGACGGGUCCCGUAACGCUCCGGACCGUCCCGAACCCCAGCCGCAGCAGCCGCAGCAGCAGCAACAACAGCCGCCGCAGCAACAGCAGCAGCAGCCGUCGCGCACUAUAUACGUGAACCGCAACUUCCGGGGCACGGUGCCCGUGGCGGCAGCUGCCGCAGACCAAGCGCGGCCGCCCGUCUGGGAGUCUGCGCCGCCAUUUGAGGAGCCGGGCCGCGACACCAAAAUCUACCGGACCAUUCAGACGGCGCCGGGCGCGGCCGGCGGCCAGGCGGUCACCCACGCGCUGCCACCGGCCGGCGUGGCCGCCUACCUGUCGGGCGGGCAGAGUGUGCCGCUGCAGCCGGCCGUCUACCCGGCCGUCAGCGCUCCGCCGGCGGUGGCGGCCGGUCUGGGCCACUUGCCGGCGGGUCUGGCCGCGUCGGCAGCGGCGCCGGCCCCUGUCGUGGUACCGGUCCUGGUGAACACGGCCGUCCCGCCGCCGGGCUUCUCGACGCCAGCCGCCCCCACAGCCUCGACCCCCGCCGCUGCCGCCCCGGCGCCCGCUGCGGCCAAGACGCCCGCCACUUCCUCAGCUCCUCCCACAAACGCAGUCGAUAAGUUCACGCAGGAGUUCAUUCAGAGCAACCACCGCAGUCUGUACGGCGGCGGCAGCAGGAGGGAGACCACUGAGCACACCUCCACCCACCACAGCUCGCGCGAGCGGUCGCCGCUGCGCUCCCAGCAUCACCGCACGUCGAGCCGUGACCGCGGCUAUGAGCGGGACUACGAGCGCGACUACCAGAGGGACUACGAGAGUCGCCAGUCGCGACAGACUCGCGAUCGGUCUCCUGCAGACAGCCGACACGGCGCGGCUCCCUCGGCCGCGUCCGAGCCGCCGCCGCCGCCGCCGCCACCCUACCACCAGGAGACGGAGACGGAGGAGAUGAGACAAUACCGCCGAGAGUACGAGGUGCGCGAGGCAGAGUGGCGCGCGCGCAAGGAGAAGGCGCUCAAAGUGAAGGAGCUGCGCCGGCAGCUGCGGCAGGCGGAGGCCGAGGCCGGACUGGUGUCUCCGGAGCCGGCCCGUCCACGGGAGGUGAUGUUCGAGCCGCCGCCGGGCCGCGGCCAGGCGGUGCGGCUGGCCGGACCGCCGUCCGCGCCCGCCCCGGCCCCGGGACCUCCGCGUGUCGCCCCGGGACCUCCACGUGUCGCCCCGCGCGCCGCCCCUCACGCCGCUCAACACGCCGCUCAGCACGCCGCGCCGCGUGCCGCUCAACACGCCGCGCCACAUGCCGCUCCCCGCGCCGCCCCUCACGCCGCGCCGCGCGCCGCUCCCGUGGUGCAUACCGUGCCCGACCAUGACCCGCCGGCCGGAGUUUCGACGCGGAAGCGCGUCUACCGCAUUCAGAAGGACGCCGCCGGCAACCCGGUGCGCAAAUUUGAGCUGGAUCCGGUGACCAGGAAAGUGCUUCGAGAGGUCCCUCUCGUCGGCGCGCCGCUAUCCAGCCCUGGACAGCCGAUGUCUCGCCGCGUUGUACUGCCGAACCACUCCCGCUAGCUGCCUGCGCUGCCACAAAUUCGCCCACCGCUACCGCGUCUGUCACGACACGACGAGCGAACUGCCUCUGCGGGACAAACUCGGGCACAGCUGCUGCCUAUGUCGCCACUUGGCAGCUGUUCCGCCUCUGCGGGAUGAAUCGUCCACCGUCGCGACACGACUGUGCUGCCUGUGCGGGGCGAACUCACUCACCACUGCUGCUGGUGGUCCGCCACUGCAUCCCCUGCAGCACAGUGACAAUAAUUUAGAAGCCCGUGGACUCGAGACGCCAAUGAAUGCAUGGGGCUCCGGUGUAAACACGUGGCUUAGAGUUGAGACCGUGGCCUCCCAAGUUGACCCGAGACUGUGGGGUAUUCCGGGCGGCAGUAGGGUCAUGCUCUGUGUAUAGAUGACGCGAGUGUGCGGUGCAGUUUCCACAGGGGCUUACGGCGGCUGAUCUGUGUGUUAGGUUACGUGUGGACGUGGAGGCAUGGACGAAUUUUGGUCGAAUGUGGGUGAAUGAGUGAAACGGUUUGUCUCGUUAUACCUAUGUCAAAAGCCAUUGCCAUUGUACACAUACGUAUAAGUGUAGGUUUAUCGACUUGGACUUCCUGGAAAUCAGUCGAGCACGCAUCGUCAUUCGGCCUAGUGGCGGACUUCGCAUCGCAUAUCGCUGCAGUUUGCGGCUGCGCUACAAAUCCUCAGAUUCGGCGUUCCAAACCAAGGUCCAGUGGUGUGUGUUACUGUGUGUACGUUCCAAGUGGAGGACUUUGUACAGGGGAUGGUCAGACGGCGGGGUUUGGACGCGUGUGAGAACUGCUGAGCGAGGCGUGCCCGUGUUCAUCGGUUUGUUCAUCGGCGCGACGAUUUGUUUUGAGCCAGUUCAAAUUGGGCACCUCACGAUCGCGUCUGUUUUAAAUACAGUGCGCUGAUUUUUGA